AUGGGCUGCUGCAUGUCUAGAUCCCAGAGUGGCUCGAUCUCGCCCUACCCAGGCCCGACGAACACCGGCUCAGCCCGCGCAAUCAAUGCCUCUACUUCGGCCGCCGCCCACGACCGCGACGACUCCCCCGCCGCCUCCACGACACAGGCUUCCAGCCGUGGUCGCCGCCACCGUCAGUCCACCCUGCCUCUCGACAGGCACAUCAACAAGCCCCUCCGCCGCCACGUCUGGGCUUCCAAGAGCCGUGUCUGGACCCGUUCCGCCAUCAACCGUGAGCGCAAAGAUUUCUUCGAAACCCGCGUCACUGGACGUCCAGAGAUAUGGCAGUCCCUUCACUACGCUCUGCAGGUCCUCUGGGAUCCCGCCAGCCAUGGUGCAGCAGAGGACGGGACGAAUGGCCUGGCAACAGCCCAGAGCAUUCUUGACGCGGCGGAUAUCACGUUACCCACUGGUGAUCUGGCCCAAGGUGCCUAUGAUCAACUUGGCAACUACUACCAGCUUAACGAGUGGGCGGUGGCUAAUCCCACGAAUCUUGUCGAGGACGACGCAACAAUACACGUCGCGGACGACGACGAGGGUCUCUCGACGCGCGACUUCAAGGAUGACCUGGCGGGCGGCGAAGAGACAACCGAGGAACUCGACGAAGACGAGAAUGUAAGACGGAGAGAGGAAAAGGGCAAGGCGGUGACUGACGCUCGGGACCAGCUUUCUCUUCUUGCUCGCCUGUCUGAAAAUGGGCGUGAUGUGACCGUUGGCUUCUCCAAAACCGACACCGUGAAAACCAUUACCGGCAAAAUACUAAACGAAGCAGGGCUCUCUCCAAACAAGAAGAAGAUACGCUUAGCCUUCAUGGGCAAGCUUCUCAAAGAAAACCUGCGUCUUACGGAGCAGGGUUGGACUCAGGGCCAGGUUAUCAAUGCCUAUGUCUCUGACAGAUAG